AUGGAACUGGAAGAUAGGAUUGGAUCAACAGUUAGACUCACUGAAAUUCAACACAUGAGUAACUGCAUGAGCCUGUGUAAUUUAUCUGUAAUCAUAACUGUGGGGAGGCAUUUUACUUGGAAUAAUAAACAAGAGGGAGCUAAUAGGGUUUUCUCUAGGAUUGAUAGGGUACUAAGAAAUGCCAAAUGGAAUGAUCUUUUUGAAACUGCUGAGGCUGCCUACUUAGAUGAAGCCACUUUUGAUCAUUGCCCAAUGAUUCUUAGGUGCUAUAAGGCUGGCUGUGUGAAAAGACCUUUCAGAUUCUUCAAUAUGUGGCUCAAUGCCAAUAAUUUCAUGGAGUUAGUUGAAUCAACUUGGGGAAAAUAUGUCUAUGGUUGCCAUAUGUUCAGAAUUGUUCAGAAACUUAAGUGGUUGAAACCAGCACUGAAAGCUCUUAAUGGUCAAGCUACUGCAGAAAAACAAGUUGCUAAUCUCUAUGCUAGUGCUCACAAGAACUAUCUUUCCUAUUUACAACAUACAGCCAAAAUUCACUGGUUGAAAGUGGGGGAUGAAAACACUAGGGCUUUCCAUCAAAGUAUCAAACACAGGAGGAAAAGAAACAAGAUUAACUCUAUCCAAACUGAAAAUGGUGAUUGGAUUAGAGAUGAAGAAGGCAUAAACUGUGCUUUCACUCAGUACUAUGAUACUGGUCCAAGACUAACUGAUGCUCACAAGGAAAGUCUAAAAUGCAGCUUCACUCAUAGUGAUAUUAAAAGGGUUCUUGAUACCAUUCCAAAUGACAAGGCACCUGGAAUGGAUGCUUGGCCUGUGGUGAAAGAUGACAUAACCAGAGCCAUUAAUGACUUCUUCUCUACAGGGAAAAUGCUCAAGGAGAUCAAUGUAACAAGCAUCACUAUGGUUCCAAAAGUUUCUGUGCCUAACAUUGUGGGGGAUUUCAUACCCAUUGCUUGUUGCUCUGUGAUUUAUAAGUGUAUCUCAAAGCUUAUGUGUGAGAAGCUUAAUGUUGUGCUACCUGACAUUAUUUCACACAACCAGGGGGCUUUUGUUGCUGGAAGGUCAAUUCUUUACAAUGUUCUUGUUUGUCAAGACAUUGUGAAAAUCUACAGGAAAAGCCAGAAACAAAUGGGAUGCUUAUGA